CGUUCUGUUGCCUCAUACUUAGCUACGGGACAAAUCCCCUUCAAGAAGCAGGUUUGGCGCCAUGGCAGAUUCCUCGAGCUUGUCAUCAUCCCAUCAUUUCCAGCUUGUAGCAAUCCAAAUUAUCCAAUUCUUUAGUCGAUGAUGGCUCCAUAACGCCAUUAAAUAUCGGAGCUUGAUGCAGAUGACCAAACCUACAAGAGCACACCAGCCGAGCGCCGGAGAAAGGAGAAGAUGGGCGAACUCGGCUCGCAUCCCGAAAGACUCCUCCGCCCGCUUUCUCGACGGGAUUUAGUGGAAAAUUUUGGAGUAUUUUCUUCUAUUUUUUGAAGAUUUGUUCUUGUUCUUUUGCUAUUUGUUGCAGGAUUCCUUGUGAGGAUAGCAUCGAGAUCGAAUAUUGGUUACAUAUCAUCGUUUUUUCGUGGAAUUCCGUGUCGUUUAUGCUUCCCUUCUUCGGAACCGAGACACCAAUCUCGCUUCUUUGACCUAGCAAUUCCUAUUUCGAUCUGUUUUUAUCGGUCAACACAUCCUAAAUUCUUGGCUAAUAGUCGUUGGAAUUGGGGGAAACGAGUACAUGGGGAAUGGAUUGGCUUGCUUGCCAAAGAAAGACCUCAGAGGCGGCAUCGGGUCUCGUAGCAGGAGGGGUUCCAACUCGAGAUCACAGAGGAAGACGGCGGCAUCCGAGGACGAGCUAUUGCACCACCAGGCCCUAGCGAUGGCAAUUCACCAGCACCAGUUGUCUCGACGCUUCGAUGGAUCGAUGUCUCGCAGGAUUGGUUCCACGAGUUCUCGAAGAAGGGACCUUCCUGAUUCUGUCACAAAUGGAAAGCUGCCUCCUGCUUUUCUAGAGAAUCUUGAAACAAGGAAAAUUAUUCUAGUACAUGGAGAAGGAUUUGGGGCAUGGUGUUGGUACAAGACCAUGUCUCUUUUGGAGGAAUCAGGACUACUUCCUGUUGCUUUAGAUCUCACAGGUUCUGGCAUAGAUCAAACAGAUAUCAAUAGCACCACAUCCUUGGAGGAUUAUGCAAGGCCCCUCAUCACUUGCCUUCAAAGCCUUCCAGACGAUGAGAAGGUUAUUUUGGUUGGUCAUAGUUGUGGAGGUGCGAUUGUUUCAUAUGCUCUAGAAAGCUAUCCAAGAAAGGUAUCAAAAGCAGUAUAUGUGUGUGCCACAAUGGUAUUGAAUGGGCAGAAACCUUUCGAUGUAUUUUCGGAGGAACUAGCAUCUGCGGAUCUUUUUUUGCAAGAGUCACAAUUUCUAGUGUAUGGAAAUGGAAGAGAUAAACCUCCUACCAGCAUCAUGUUUGACAAACAACAAAUCAGGGCACUAUAUUUCAACCAGAGUCCACCAAAGGAUGUUGCUUUGGCCACGGUAUCAAUGAGACCCAUCCCGCUGGCUCCAAUCAUGGAGAAGCUCUCCCUCACCACAGAGAACUACGGCACGGUCCGACGAUACUUCAUCCAGACGCUCGACGAUCACAUUCUCUCGCUCGAUGUCCAAGAGAGAUUGGUCCGUGAAAACCCCCCUCAUGGCAUGUACAAGAUCAAAGGCAGCGACCACUGCCCCUUCUUCUCAAAGCCACAGACACUGAACAAGAUUUUGAUCGAAAUUGUGCAGAUCCCUUUGGAAAACGCCCUCAAUGAUCCUUCAUGAGGUUACACAUUACAAAGUGAUGAGGUGAAACCACAGAGUAAAAGCCAUACUGGAAAUGACAAACGUUUGCACAGGAUUCUUAGUUCAGCCAGCAUUCAUUGUCGAUGUUAAGGUUUUAAUCUGUCACCAUAAAUUACAAGUUUAUCAACCAUAGGCAUACUUUCGAUGGAGUUGGUAAAGACAACGUUUAAGACACGGGACUUGUGGAUGUGGAUCCGACCCGUAUAAUUAGUGGAUUGGGUUGGUUUGGAUCGAAUUAGCAGGUCGUAGAAUGUACCCUUGUUCGGAAUCCAACCCGUUAACAUAAACGGAUCAUCCUAAACGGGUCGCAUCC